GAGAUGGAGCCUCCCCGGCGGCCGGUGGUGGUGACGGGGUUUGGCCCAUUUGGAGAACAUGCUGUUAACGCCAGCUGGAUUGCAGUUCAGCACCUUGGAGCCCUAGUCAUGGACCAGGAUCCUGUGGUGCUAGGCGCUGUACACACACAGGACCCACAGGAGUUUACAAUCCAACUCUAAGACAAGAGACGACAGAUGGAUACAGACACGCUGGGAGUACAAAUAAAGAAUGAGUGAGCUGGAGAAGCUGGGCUUGGGAGAUGGUGUGGAUCUGUAUGUAUAUGAAAUCCCAGUUGAAUACCAAACAGUACAAAGACUAAUUCCCGCAUUGUGGAAAAAACACAGUCCACAAUUGGUGGUUCAUGUGGGUGUAUCAGGUAUGGCUACAACCGUAACAUUGGAAAAAUGUGGGCAUAACGUAGGAUACAAAGGCUUAGACAACUGCCGUUUCUGUCCAGGCUCUCAGUGUUGUGUAGAAGGUGGCCCAGAAUGCAUCGAUUCGAUUAUUGACAUGGAUGCAGUUUGCAGGAGAGUCUCAACGCUGGGACUUGAUGUCACGGUUACUAUAUCCAAGGAUGCUGGCAGAUAUCUCUGUGAUUUCACUUACUAUACUUCCUUAUACCAGAGCCAUGGCAGGUCUGCAUUUGUUCAUGUUCCUCCACUGGGAAAACCAUAUACUGCAGAACAGCUGGGCCGGGCACUACAGGCUAUCAUAGAAGAAAUGCUUGAUGUUUUGAAGCAUUCUGAAGGCAAAAUCAAUUGUCGCCAUGAACACUGAAGCUGGGCAAAACUCCUACCACUGUUGCACUUCCAAAAUAUUCCCCACUACUAAGUACUGGGGAAGCAGCCUGUCUGAAAUGUACAGAAAAAGAAUCAGAGACUUCAGAAUGAAAGUUAAUUCCACUUCCAGCAAUUCUGUGACAUUCUUUUCUUCCUGUGUGAAUUUCAUCUUAAACAAGAAAGGAUUUCAAGUCUUUCUUUUAAACCACCUGCAACUACUUAUUUCUUGAAGUGGCUGAAAAAUGUGUGCUGUGUUUCCUACAGAGGAUAUCUGUAAAUCAAGUGACUGCUAUUGAGCAGUCUAAUACAGUGCAGAUGGAAAGGUUUACACCUGGAAUCAGAGUUAGUGUGCAGGGAAUUGAUAAUACCAUCUUCUGAUUAAAAGUCCUUAGUUUAAAAGAUUUGCUGAUUUAAAAAAAAAUUAAUAGGUUUUAAUGUAAAAUUAUAGCUAUAAGCAGUUGGCAUAGAAGACUCUGGGCUUAUUUGGGUUUUAAACAGUUCUUGUUUGGGAUGGGGAGUCAUUUAUAACUGUUUUAGAGGGGCACUGAAUCUUUUUUGCCAGUCCUAAAAUACCCGUGCAUUAGUGUGGACUCCUGUUAAGACUUUAAUAGUGCUGCAAACAGAAGGCGUACAUGGUUUUGAUUUCUCAUGUUUGGGAGUACUUGAGACACCCAACCUGCACCAAAUAUUUCUGAAAAAUGAUUUUUAUUGUGCUCUUAAUACCACCUUCCUUGCUCAGAUUAACCAUAUACCUCCUUUACGAAACACAUUGUUUCAUAUGUGUAUAAAAUAAAACUUAUAGUGGUUGGAAAAGCUUUGCUAGUGACCACUGUUUCCACAGGGGUCUCUUUUCCCAGAACCUCAAUGCUAGAGCUUACCUUGCCCCCGUACCAUAAAAACAACUUGGUACUCUUCUUCUUUUUUUAUUGUAAAUGUUUGUUCUG